CGAGCUUUAUUGCUCGGUGACUCAUCACUGAGUAAGCCAUUCCACUCUCCUAUUUAUUGCUGUGUCUCAACCCCCUUGUCUCCUCGUACUCACAAGUCACAACCAUGGCCAACACCAGCGAGCAGCCAACCACAGACUCCCACGUAGCCAUUCUCGCGUUCCCCUUCGGCUCUCACUCCCCUGUUCUCCUCGACGUAACACGCCGUCUCGCCUCCGCCUCUCCCACCACACUCUUCUCCUUCUUAAACACCGCUAAAUCCAACUCCUCAUUGUUCCUCUCAGAUCUUCCAUCGAACAUCCGAGUCCAUGAAGUCGCCGACGGCGUUUCGGAGGGAUACGUAUUGUCCGGAAGACCACAUGAGGCGUUCGAGCUGUUUAUCGUAGCGGCGCCUGAAAAUUUCCGAAAAGCGGUCGCGUCCGCGGAGAGUGACGUUGGUAAGAAAGUAACGUGCUUGUUAACGGAUGCGUUCUUCUGGUUCGCUUCGGAUAUGGCGGCAGAGAUGAAGGCGACAUGGGUUGCGUUUUGGGCAGCCGGACCAAACUCGAUGACUGCUCAUCUCUAUACAGAUCGCAUCAGAGAUGCCAUAGGUGUGAAUGAAGUAGAUGGGUGUAUGGAGGAGACACUAGGGUUUAUCCCAGGGAUGGAGAAGUACAGAGUCAAGGACACACCAGACGGAGUUGUGGUUGGGAACUUAGACUCUGCUUUCUCAGACACGUUGCACCGAAUGGGUCUUGCUUUACCUCGUGCCGAUGCAGUUUUCGUCACUUCAUUCGAAGAGUUGGAUCCUACAUUAACCAAUAACCUCAAGUCAGAGUUCAAACGUUUCUUUAGCAUUGGUCCUCUCGCGUUGUUAUCAUCUACAUCUCAAACGGAGACACCGGUGCAAGAUCCUUAUAACAGCUUGGCUUGGAUCAAGAAGCAGGGGACUGCUUCUGUAGCGUACAUUAGCUUUGGUACAGUCAUGACGCCGCCUCCUGGAGAGCUUGUGGCGAUAGCGGAAGGAUUGGAAUCAAGCAAUGUUCCGUUUGUCUGGUCGCUCAAGGAAAAGAACAUGGUUCAGUUACCAAAAGGGUUUUUGGAACGGACAAGAGAGCAAGGGAUAGUGGUUCCAUGGGUUCCGCAAGUUGAACUGCUGAAACACGAAUCAACGGGUGUGUAUGUGACGCAUUGUGGAUGGAACUCCAUGUUGGAGAGUGUGUCCGGAGGUGUGCCGAUGAUUUGCAGGCCGUGUAUUGGUGAUAAUGGACUCAACGGAAGAGCAGUGGAGGUUAUCUGGGAGAUUGGAAUGAUGAUUAUCGGUGGAGUCUUUACGAGAGAUGGAUUCGUGAAAUGUUUGGAUCAAGUUUUGGUUCAAGAUGAUGGUAAGAAGAUGAAGAGCAAUGUUGAGAAGCUUAGAGAACAAGCCCACCAAGCUGUCUCUGCGAAAGGAAGUUCCGUUGAGAAUUUCAAAGGAUUGUUGGAUGUAGUUGUGAGCACUUUAAAUUAAAAACAUAUUUGUAUUGAUGGUAAUAACAGUAACAGACUUAAAACUGUUACAAAGAAUUGUAUGGAUGUCCACCAUAGCUGCUUAAUCCUAUGUUCUAGAAAGGUUCUUAAUCUUAUCAUUGUAUUUCUAUAUAAGUAUUGUUGUCCAUGAAAUAAUAUUAAAAACAACCAUUUCCGUUUUUCUUUUA